AUGACGAGAUCCAAAACUGAACCAAUGUUGAUCCCAAUAGACUACACAGACUGUCUUCACCAAACAAGAUCCAUUACCAAUACUACAUCAUUGAUUGUAAUCAUUGUAGAGAAAGAUUCAGUGUUUCAAUACUUGUGUUCAUAUUUGUCUAGACACAAAUCAUUGUUGAGCAAUUUCUUAGUGGUUACUGGUAAAGGGUAUUCAGACGGCUUAACAUUAAGAUUCCUUGCUUGGCUUCAAGACAAAUUCCAAGCUCUGUUCUUGGGUUUUUUUGAUUCAGAUGUGUAUGGGAUCAACAUAUACAAACAGUAUCAUCGGAAACUAAAAAUAGUACAUUACUGCGGUACAUAUUUAAUGGACUCGGACCCUUCCUCGUGGCUCUCAAUCCUGGCACGUGACAUUUCAGUAAUGAUUAAUCUCUGCAACAAAUGUCUGGAAAUGGGUUUAUUAGUUCAAAGAGAGUUAACAAGAGGGUUGUUUCUAUUCAAGAAAUCAGAGAUUAAUGUCACCAACUUACAUGAUCAUCAACUUGACUACGUGGAUUAUAUUCUCAAGAAGGUGGAAGAAAGGAACAUAUUCAAAAAACGAGCUUACACGUGA